ACAGCAGCCGCCAUUUUGCUCGGAGCGGAAGGAGGAAGAGCAGAGGAAAACAUUCAACUCUUCAGUGAAAAGCUCCAUAAAUAUUUAUCUCCCGUCAUGGAGGUCCCGGGACCGGACAGCGACUGGAGGAGCCCGCAGUUCCGACAGAAGGUCGUCGCUCAGAUUGAAGAGGCCAUGAGGAAGGCAGGAACCGCACACACCAAGUCCAGCAACGACAUGGAGAACCACGUUUACGUCAAGGCCAAAUCCAGAGAGGAGUAUUUAUCUCUGGUGGCGAGGCUGAUCAUUCACUUCAGAGACAUCCACAAGAAGACACUGGGAGGACCAGAUCCCAUGAAUGCCCUGACUAACCUGACAGGGGUUGGAGGGGGCCCCGGCGCCAUUGGCAUGGGGCCUCGCCCCACCGGUGCUCCUGUGGGUGUCAUGGGGGCCAUGGGGCAGAUGCAGAUAGGCCAGCAUGCCAUGGCAGGGGUGGCUGGAAACCCACAAGCCAUAGGGGGUCCAGGACAGAUGCCAAUGCAGCAGUUGGUGCAGGCGCAGCAACAGCAGCAGCAGUCCAUCCAGUUCCAGCAGUUCCAGCAGCAGCAGCAGCAGCAGCAGCAGCAGCAGCAGCAGCAGGUCCUGCAGCAGCAGCAGCAGCAGCAGAACGCCAUCCAGCAGCAGUUCCAGGUGCAGCAGCAGCUGAGGAUGCAGCAGCAGCAGCAGCAGCAGCAACAACAACAACAACAACAACAGCAACAACAGCAGCAACAGCAACAACAACUCCACCAGAACCAGCAGCUUCAGCAGCAGCACCAGAACCAGCAGCAACAGCAGCAGCAGGCCCAGAACCAGCAGCAGCAGAACCAGAUGCACCAGACCAGGAUUCAGCAGCAGCAGAUGGUGCAGCUGCAGCUCCAGCAGCAGCAUGCUCAGGCUCAAGCUCAGGCUCAGGCUCAAGCGCAGGCUCAAGCUCAAGCUCAGGCUCAAGCUCAGGCUCAAGCCCAGGCCCAGGCCCAGGCCCAAGCCCAGGCUCAAGCCCAGGCUCAAGCUCAGGCCCAAGCCCAAGCCCAGGCUCAAGCCCAGGCCCAGUCCAUCCAGCACAUGGUUCAGCAGCAGCAGCAGCAGGCUCAGCCUCAGCCGGGUCAGAUGCCUCCACACCCGCAGCAGCAGCAGCAGCAGCAGCACCCCGGCAUGGUGCCUCCGUCUCUGGCCGGACAGAUGACGUCGGCUCAGCACGUCCCCAUCAACUCGCUCAGUCAGCAGCAGCAGCAGCACCAGCUCAAGAUCCAGGCCUUCCAGGCCCGUGCAGCCUUGCAGCAGCAGCAGGCCCAGCAAGCUGCAGCUCAGGCGCAGCACAACGCAGCUGCAGCCGCCGCCGCCGCCGUACCUGGACAGUUGGUUCGACCUGGGAUGCAGAUUCCACCCCGGAUGCCUCGAGCCCUCAACCCCUCCAUCCCUCCUCCAAACGCUGCUGCUGCCGCCGCCGCCGCCGCCGCCGCCGCUGCUGCUGCCGCCGCUGCAGCUGCUGCUGCUGCAGGAGGACAGCCAAUGACACAGCAGGCACAGCAGCAUCAAAUGAUGUCAUCGCCUUCACCUGGGCAGGUGCAAACGCCACUGUCGAUGCCCCCCCCUCCUCAGCCGUCACCUCAACCCCCCACCUCACAGCCCAACUCAGCCAGCUCCGGUCCCACUCCGUCUCCGGGGGGUUUCCAGCCCAGUCCGUCCCCUCAGCCCUCACACAGCCCCGCCAACGCCCGGACCCCCCUGAACUAUGGAGUCCCCUCACCUGGACCGCUCAAUACUCCAGGUAACCCCGGCUCUGUGAUGAGUCCAGCUGGACCCACGUCUCUAGAGGACCAGCAGUACAUGGAGAAACUGAAGCAGCUCUCUAAAUACAUUGAACCUCUGCGCAGGAUGAUCAAUAAGAUCGACAAGAACGAAGACAGGAAGAAGGACCUGAGUAAGAUGAAGAGUCUGCUGAACAUCCUGACUGAUCCAAACACCAGAUGUCCCCUGAAGACACUGCAGAAGUGUGAGAUCGCUCUGGAGAAGCUGAAGAACGACAUGGCCGUGCCGACCCCGCCCCCCCAGGUGUCCUCUAAGCAGCAGUACCUGUGUCAGCCGCUGCUGGACGCCGUCAUGGCCAACAUCCGCUCCCCCGUGUUCAACCACUCGCUGUACCGGACCUGCCCCGCCAUGACCGCCAUCCACGGACCCCCCAUCACGGGGCCCAAUGUCUCGGGGAGGAAGAGGAAACACGAGGAGGACGACCGUCAGACGAUCCCAAACAUCCUGCAGGGAGAAGUGGCCCGGCUCGACGUAAAGUUCAUGGUCAACCUGGACCCGUCCUUCUGCAGCAACAACGGAACCGUGCACCUGGUCUGCAAGCUGGACGAUAAGAACCUUCCCAGUGUUCCUCCUCUGCAGCUCAGUGUUCCUGCUGAUUACCCGGAUCAGAGUCCAUACUGGGCCGACGACGGGGACCAGUACGGUGCGAACGGCUUCCUGCAGACGGUCCACAGAAACAUGACGUCCAAACUGCUGCAGCUUCCAGACAAACACUCGGUGACGGAGCUGCUCAACACCUGGGCUCAGAGCGUCCGGCAGGCCUGUCUGUCAGCCGCCUGAAGCCCCGCCCCCUCCUGACUCCACCUGUUACAGUAACUCACGUUUCCACUACAGUCUGAUCUGACCUGAACCUGGUCACAAGUAACGAGCAGCUGUUGUUCCCCACGCUCAUCUUAGUCCCUGAAGGCCCCAUCAGGUGAGGACGUUAUCAGCCUGAAGGUCCUGACAUUAUUCCUGAUGCAUUCUGGGUAAAUGAAGACUUCCUGCUCACCUGUAAACAGCAGUUUAUCAGUGUGGACCUGCUGCAUCCAGAAGUCCCACAGCCAGAGAGCAGAUUUAAGCAGCUUGUAUAUAAAAUGAACUCUUGGUUGGUUUGAAAGCUUCCAAACAGGAAACACAAAAGGGAAAAAGAGAAACCAGACCACCAUGUAAACAGCCCGACUGUCGUCUGUCCCGAUAUAUAUUCUGCUCCUGAAUGCAACACAUGGCUUCUGCUUCUUCUUCUUCAGUUGGAAUGAGUUUCUGUUUGAGAUGUACUUUCAGUUUUGUACCACAGAAGAGCGCUGUUGUAAAGAAAAACUCUAACGUUGCUUCUCAGAGUGAAAAUAUAAAUGUAUUUUUUUGCUAUCAUAAUAAAAAAAAACUUUUCAG